GCUCCGGCUGGAUGAAAAAGGAGAGGAGUGCACCCGCUAUCUCUCCCAGCAAAGUGAGGGCCCUGCCCGGAGUGGGUCGUAAAACACUUGGCUUAAUCCUGGCCCUAAAGCAAGGCCUGUGGGUGGGUGCGUCCGAGAUGAUUCCUUAAAGCUUGAUGUACCGCAGGUGAUGCGGCCGUCUGCCGACUGCAGAUACGAGCGUGCGCGGAAUGCCCUCCUUCCGUGGGGCUUUUAAAUGAACUCGCUGCCCUGUAGAAGCAGACUGCAUCAGUCUGUGCCAGGCCACUCCUGACAGACGGCCGGUGAGCACGCUCCUGAAGUAUGCGAUGCAUUUGUGCUAUUUUGUGAGCUCGCGCGCAACUUGUUUGCUUUGAUGUAACGAGAGAAAGCGUUUCGACGAGCGAUGUUUGUGCCGUGCCCUCAGCGGGGUUGAAAAGUCAGAUGAUGUCACCUUUGAUGGUUUGAGUUCAGUUCCGUCAAGAUAAGCGCCCCAGUUUCCUGCCAUUCAUGCAGCUGAAGUAAGGCCCUGCACACUGUUAAGCUGAUUGAAGAGGGAGGGACAGCUGCAGCAGGAUAUGUUGUUAGAUCUGAAGGCUAGUACCAGGUUUUCAGAGGAUUCUUAAGUGUUCAAAGAAGCCUUUUUCCAUUUAGGUCACUAGGCCGUAGGCUACGGAUGACUUGGACGAAUGCCAUUGCAUCAUAUGUCUCCUAAACGCCCUUUCUCUGUGAAGCAUUUAUUUGUAUUUAUGAAUUUUAUGUUACAUUUAUACUGCUGAAUAUUUAUUGGAGGAAUUUAGGUAUAUAGCCCUGUCACACACACGAUUUCGAAAAUUUACCCUACCCUAUGAAAGACCAAAAAACACAAGCAUACAAAUAAAUUCAUAGACCUUAAUACCUUAAUACAUGGGUAGCAAUUCAGGCCCUUCCAUAAAUAAUAAAAAUAAUAAACUCUGCUCUUCAUCACUACUGGCCCAGAGAGAAUGAAUCAAAUUUCAAACAAACAUGUAGCCGUCGAGCUACGCCCAAGUGCUAAUUACCCUUGUUUUCAUUGCUGCCAAAUGAAAUAUGAUUAAAGAGAUUUACGGUCUUAAUAAGGCUGCAGUUGUCAAUACAAUAAAACCUAAAUACCCUUCAGAAGUGCCUACAAAGGCGUAUUAAUGAGUCUUGGCGCAUCCUUAACGUCUCUCUACCGUUUUCUGGUUUGCUUUGUUUUGAAGCGAACUUCCUGGUGAGCUGUCCCGGUGUUGCGCGCAGGAGAGCUUCGUGCUCAGAUUAGCUGUGGGGAUGAGAAGAUGAGAAGCGCCGUCUGGAGGCACGAGCCGCCGCUCAGGAGCGGGAGAGAAAGACGGGGAGGAAUGGAGAGAGCGGGCAGCUCGCCUUUCUUUGCGCUUUACCGUCCUCCCGCUCUUCACACCGCCCGCCGAGUCCGUCCCGUGGGAAAUGUUUUGAACCAUCCAACAAACCGUCAAAAGUCGGGCGCUUAUUACGUGGAAGGACACGGGGAGGGAGGAUUAAUAUCUGCCAUUUGCUGAGCUAACAGCAGCAAACCUCACUUUAGAUCCUUUGAUAAAUGACACGGGCUGCGCUCUGGCUGCGCAUGAGCACUUCAGGCCUGGACUGUGUCUCAUCCUGUUGAUACAGUUUCCAGUUUCGUAACACCGUCUUUCCUUUAAGCCCGACACAUCCGACAGACUGCGGUUGGGGUAACAUAAACAACACCUCAUGGCCAUGAUCACUAACUCCAGGCCUCCGCAGGAAGGGGCCAUGGCUGAGCGCGCUCAGGGCAGCGGCAGCAGCAGCCUGCAGAGGAAGAAGCCGCCCUGGCUGAGGCUGGACAUCCCGAAACCACAGCUGUCUCUGGACGAGCCGCCCACUUUCGCUCAGGUGAAGAGGCAGGCGUUCCUCCGGAGCGUCAGCAUGCCCGUGGAGAGCACGCGCUUCCAGUCCCCGCCCUUCGACCCCCGUCGCCCCGCCCUGCAGAGGCAGGCCUCCAUCACGCAGACCAUAAAGAGCAGUAAGAGGGUGCACUUUGAGCGGAUUCACACUGUGCCGGUUAAGGGCCCGCGAGCAGCCCGGCGAGGCUCCCGGAGACCCCAGUCCCUGUCCAAAAUCUUCCUCAGGGGUACAGCGGACUGGUUUGGCAUUGGCAGAGAUGGGGACACCACGCAGCGCUGGCAGAGGAAGAGCCUCCAGCACUGCAGCCUGCGCUACGGCAAGCUGAAGCCCCACGCCAUGCGUGACAUGGACCUGUCCAGCCAGGACAACCUGUCACUCACCAGCACCGAGACCCCGCCCCCCCUCUACGUCCCCGCCUCCCAGCGCGGCAUGCAGAAGAUCGUGGACCCCCUGGCGCGGGGGCGGGCCUUCCGCAUGGCGGAGGAGGCGGACGGGCACAGCGUGCCCCAGACGCCGGCCACGCCCGGGGGCGCCUCGCUCUGCUCCCUCGCCAGCUCCCGGUCGGGCGCGGCCCGCCUCCCCCGGCGACGCAAGAGGGAGUCCGUCGCCAAGAUGAGCUUCCGAGCCGCCGCCGCGCUGGUCAAGGGUCGGCCACUGCGAGAGGGCACGGUGUGUCGGACUCAGAGGAGAAGCUUCACCCCGUCCUUCUUCCUGGAGGAGGAGGAGGGAGUGGAAAUGCCGGAGGAGCUGGACACCUCCUUCUUUACCAAGGACCGCUCUGUACGGGAGGAGCUGUCCUCGUAUCCAGAUGAGGUGUUUGAGUCACCCUCCAAUGGCUCUGUCAAAGAGGCGGAGCCUCUGAGGGUGGCGGAGGAUAGCGACCUGACAGGCAGCGCGCUGGAUAAGAACGAGCUGGAGAGGAGUCACCUGAUGAUGCCCCUGGAGCGUGGUUGGAGGAAGAGCAGAGAGGGACCCCCGCCCCCGCCCAAGGUGCCGCUGCGGCAGGAAGUGGUCAGCGUGGAAGGGCAGAGACGGGGCCAGCGGAUCGCUCUGCCCGUUAAGAAGCUGUUCGCCCGCGAGAAGCGGCCGUACGGCCUGGGCAUGGUGGGCAAGCUCACCAACCGCACGUACCACAAGCGCAUCGACAGCUACGUGCAGCGGCAGAUCCUGGACAUGCACGACCACAGGCCAUUCUUCACAUACUGGAUCACGUUUGUCCACCUGCUGAUCACCAUCCUGGCAGUGUGUAUCUACGGCAUCGCGCCUGUCGGCUUCUCCCAGCAUGAGACCAUUGAUUCGGUUUUAAGAACUAAAGGUGUUUAUGAAAAUGUAAAGUUUGUUCAACAAGAGAACUUCUGGAUGGGACCAAGUUCGGAGGCGCUGAUUCACCUGGGGGCCAAGUUCUCUCCCUGCAUGCGGCGGGACCAGCAGGUGCACCAGCUGAUCCAGGCGAAGCGGGCGCAGGAGCGGGACUCGGCCUGCUGCGUGCGCAACGACCGGUCCGGCUGCGUGCAGACGGCCGCAGAGGAGUGCUCUACGACGCUGGCCGUGUGGGUGAAAUGGCCGGGGCACCCCAGCGCCCCUCUCCUGCGGGGCAAAGUGCGCCAACAUGGGUCUGUGUGCCACCAGGACCCCAGGAUUUGUCUGGAGCCUGCCUCUGUGCCUCCUCACGAGUGGCCCGAUGACAUCACCAAAUGGCCGAUCUGCACCAGGCACAACACAGGAAACCACACCAACCUGCCCCACAUGGACUGCGCUCUCACUGGGCGACCCUGCUGCAUCGGCACCAAAGGGAGGUGUGAGAUAACAUCCCGGGAGUACUGUGAUUUCAUGAAGGGUUACUUCCAUGAGGAGGCCACCCUCUGUUCCCAGGUACACUGCAUGGAUGACGUGUGCGGGCUCCUCCCCUUCCUGAACCCUGAAAUCCCAGACCAGUUCUACAGGCUGUGGCUCUCUCUCUUCCUGCAUGCGGGAAUCCUCCAUUGCCUGGUGUCGGUGGCGUUCCAGAUGACCAUCCUUAGGGACCUGGAGAAGCUGGCGGGCUGGGUGCGGAUCUCCAUCAUCUACAUCCUGAGCGGCAUCACGGGCAACCUGGCCAGCGCCAUCUUCCUGCCCUACCGAGCCGAGGUGGGUCCUGCGGGCUCGCAGUUCGGCAUGCUGGCCUGCCUGUUCGUGGAGCUGUUCCAGAGCUGGCAGAUCCUGGCGCAGCCGUGCCGCGCCUUCGCCAAGCUGCUGUGCGUGGUGCUGCUGCUGUUCGCCUUCGGCCUGCUGCCCUGGAUCGACAACUUCGCCCACGCGUUCGGCUUCGCCUCGGGCCUGCUGCUCUCCUUCGCCUUCCUGCCUUACAUCAGCUUCGGCCGCGCCGACAUGUACCGCAAGCGCUGCCAGAUCCUGGCGGCGCUGGCCGCCUUCCUGGCGCUGCUCUCCGGCCUGGCCGUGCUCUUCUACGUGCGGCCCUUCAAGUGCGACUGGUGCGAGCUGCUCACCUGCAUCCCCUUCACCGACACCUUCUGCGGGAAGUACGACCUGAACGCGCACCUGCACUGAGCCGCCGCCGGGGGGCGGCGUCGAGCAGGCUGUGAAACGAGACCUGGUUUGCAUAUGGUUGCCCCCCCCCCCCACAGCCCCUUUACUGUAAACUGUGACGAUAUGGUUUUUCUACUUUUUGUUAUUUUUUUAACGUUCUUAAAGUCACGGACACUGCCCAGCCCGUCAGCAGUAGUUCGUACCACCCGAGGACUUCCUCUGUUCCUUCUGACCAAUAUUCCUCCGGGAGCCAGUCCUUCUGGAAAGAGCGCUACAAACGGCUCUUUCUGGUCUGACCCAAACCCUCGAACGAGGCCCACUUUUACUCUCCGACAUUUGACCUGCGCUAGAGAGAGAGAGAGAGGCUGGCUCUGGUGCACCGGAGAAAAGGAUGCUCCCCCUCUUCUUUAUCUCAUCCCUUUUUUUACUUUUGAUCUCUCACUUUUUAAAAAAGUUCUUCCGAAAUCUGGCCUGGGUUCUUAUUUGUUUAUCAGGCACCUCCUGGGACACCUAAACUACUAGGGAAAAAGAAAAAAUACUCGACUCAAGACAACGGACACAAGCCGUCGGUGCCUUGGUGAUAGAGUACUGCCAUAUUUUUGUUAUUCCCGCUCGAGCGGCCGAAAUGUUGACGGUUUUAUUUGUUUGGUUUAUUGCUUGUGAAGCAGUGACGAAUGGCGAAGUCGGGCCGCGUUUUAGCUGCCCGCCCACUGACUUGUAAAGUAACUUGACAAUACAGCCACGGAAAACCUCAAACCCCGCCUUCCAGAGUAUUCUGUCUCUGUCUCCUGUCUGUCUGUCCCGUGUGUGUGUGUUCUACACGCUGCCGUGUGUCAGAUUUCAGUGCUUUGCGCCCAGCCUGUUUUAGGGGUGAAACGAUGUCACUAGCAUGUACCCUAUUCCGUUUGUCAAGUUAUCUGUGCAUGGAAAAACACAAAGUAUCAUUGUGCUAAUCAGUUAUAUAUUGGCUAUAAUCAGGUAAUAACUUUAGAAAAUGUCUCCAGUUUAUGUGUGCGGUGGGGUGUGCUGGGUCACAUUGAGCGAAAUUGUGAGGUAGCUGACUGAUGAUUUUCCUCAGCAUUGUAUGUUGGGAGUAUUUCUAAUCAUCUGUUCAGUCUCAUUUCCAGAAGUUUCCACACCUUAUCUGUGUCCACAUUCCUCAUUGGGACCAGUAGCCAAAGCUUGUGGACGCCUUAUGUGUUUAUGUCUGUUGCCCAAAAGACAGUCUGCCAAUCGGAGGGUCACAUUUAACUCAGCAAAAAUCUGGGAGUAUUUCAGUAUCGGAAUGACCACUUCCUUUUCAAAAUGAUUUAUUAUUUCAAUCAAAAACUAAUCAUGGCUCAAGCAGACAUAAUAAAAACAUUAUAGCAACAUUAUACAAACUUACAAAGGACAUAUUUACAGUGGAAGCAGCAAGUGGGCAGCUUUGAGUGAAUAAGAUCUGUGAUCCUAAAAGUACUAAAGUGUCGCCCAUCAUAAUUAAGCUGUUUUAAUUAUUCUUUAAGACAUGUAUACGUGCUGGCUACAUAUUCACGUUCAAGAAAUGUAGAUGUUCAAGCUGCAUGUAUUUACUUGACAUGAACAUUUACAAUUUGAUUCAUCAAUUCAGCUACUGGUGUUUUGUGUAUUUGUAGCACUGGAUCUGGUAGACAACUAACAUCUGAGGACUGGUUUGUUCGCUGUUCACAUUUAACACGGCUUCCUGUUUGUACCAAAAUUUCCAGUGUUAAUGAAUGUGAGCCUCCCUUUAAAUUGUGUGACAAUAAUCCCUGAAAGCAUCUUUUGUACGAUGGUUGCAUAGAUCCUUUAUACAAACCGGAGACUUCGCUCAGGAUUGGUAAAUCUGAAGUUUGUUCUCUGCUGUUAAAACUGAAAUGUUCUCUUUCAGUGCAUCCUCUGAUCAUAAAGGGGUUUGAUGAAGGA